AUGUCGCAAAUCUCAAGAUCGCCGGCGAUUACAUCCCGGAGAAAAAAACCUCCGCAUCCAUCGCCAUCGCCUCGUUGUAGCAAGACGAAGAGUAAGUCAAAAUUGGUCAAAAUCUUGAAACGCUGUUCAUCGGCGCCUCUGCUGAUUUCACGAGGAGAUCGUGAAGAUGAAGAUGAUGUUGUUGAUCUCGUUUCUCAAUAUUCUUUCAGGAGCCGAGGAGGAACACUUUCCCGACUUCAAACUUUUUCAAAUGCCUUUGUUUCUUCCCCUUCUCUUUUUCCUUCUUCUCCAAAGAUUUACAGUAACGAGGGUGAUUUAAUUCUCCUUUCGAUUAAUCAGAUGAAGGGAUACGACAAGGAAGCUAAGGUUGUGGUUAAUGUCACGGUUGAAGGAAGUACAGGACCAGUAAGAACCAUGGUUAAACUGGGAUCUACCGUAGAACACACAAUAAAGCAUGUAGUGGAUAAAUAUAGAGAAGAAGGAAGAAGCCCGAAGAUUGAUUCAAAUGUGCCAUCUUCAUUUCAAUUGCAUCUUUCCUAUUUCAGCCUUCAAGGUUUGGACAAAUCAGAAGUAAUUGGGGAUGUAAAUAGUAGAAAUUUUUAUAUGCGGAAGAGUAAUGCUGAAUCUACAAGCAAUCAGGAUUUAACAAAACAUUGCUCUGCAAAUACUUCAAUGUUACUACCAUCUUUUGUUGCUUUGAAAAUUAACCAAAUUAUAAGAAGAGCUCACAGGUUUUGGAAGAUUCUUGUGUGCUCGCCAUGA